ACAGGUAGCUGUCACAGAUUUAUACAUAGGGUGGCUUAUCUACAUUCAGAACAUGUUCCGGGUUAAAACACGCCGUCAAUAUGGCUGCUGUGUGGAUUGUGUCGGCGUUAGUUUGUUUUCUCUACUCCGGUAUACGAGGUGAUAUUUCUGUCACAACGACAAUAAACCCAGUGGGACUUUUGGGAAACAAUGAAGUGGAACUUGUGUGUACAUAUAGUCUUGCAUCCGUUGAUAGAGUGUUUUCCAUUUCAUGGAAAAGGGAGACAUCGAAAAACUCUGGAAUAUAUGAACAAUUAGCAGGGUUUAGCCCACCAGGAGCAUCACAGAGUCAUGCAACGUUUACAAAUUUGACCAACCCAUCUGUGUUUGGACGAGUAGUUCUAACAAACCCUACAGAUUCCUCCCUCACAGCUAAGAUCAGGUUUACAAGUGUGGUAUGUGGUGAUGAGCGUAAAUAUCAAUGCACUGUACUUGGAAUAAACAAAGGUGCACAGAUCAAUCCAAGCCCAGCCAGCGUCACCAGUCUUACAGUCAAGGCAAAGCCUAACGCCACAUCAUUUAAUAAAGUGGAAGUGGUCCCGGCAGCUAAUGUCGAGGAGGGACAGACGGUCACAUUCACUUGUACCGGUAACGUUGGUCGACCGGCAGGGAGCUUCUUAUGGACCAGGUUCAGUAGUACAACAGCCCCUACUGGUACCCCCAUAUACUCUACAACACAGACAUCCCCUAGUACUGACUGUACCUACACCGGCAAUAGUGUCAUCUCUAUACUGAUGACCAAAGACGACGAUGGUAUUGUCUUUAAGUGUGCCUUACAGCACGAAACCAUCAGCGACCCCACAGACGCCACCUACUUCAGACUAACUGGAGUCAUCAAUGUAUUUUGUAAGUCAACGUUAAUUAAUGUUUGUCUUCCUAUUUGAUAAUCAAAACGAUUAAA